UUUAAGUGUCUAAAUACAUUUUAGGGUCACUGUAUUUAUUUAUUUUAUUUUUUUUACUUGUUUUUGGUAGUACAAUCUGCUGUAGUCAUUUUGAUCUGUUUGUACUGUUCUCAGACACAAUGGUGCUAAUAGAUUGUUAGUAUUAUAAAUGUAAGCUAAAAUAAAAGACCUUAUGUGUACUGCGUUAAGUUAACUGAGACUUGUAUAGCACUUGUAUAUCAUUGCUCUUUUGAUGAUUUUGAUUGCUUCCAUUGUCCUGCUUGCUUUGUAUAAAAUCAUCUGCUAAAUGACUAAAUGUAAAUUUAAAUGUAAGCAAAAAUGCUUUUAAUAUUUCUAGCGGAUUCAAAUUAACCAGUUUCUUCCAACAGUUAAAAUUAUUGGAUGCUAACAUAGUCUUCCAUCAUGAUGUGCAACACAAACACCUCUGCUAAAAUCUCAGAAAAAGUAGUCUGGGGUUUCAUUACAUUUUAAAUUGUCUUUAUUGUUUAUGUACGAUUGUAGACUUUUUUAUUAUUAAUAUUAGGCUAUUAUUUUACAUUCAUGUAUGUCUAAUUUUCUGUUACACGUGUAAGAUACUGUGAAACUCCCAACUGACGGAACGAAUAAAUGUCAUGUUUUCAUUUGAAUUCACUGAAGCCAGUUUGACGGUUUAGUUCAUUCACCGAAACGGAUCCUCUUUAACAAGCAAAACUAGCAUUUAUCAACAGUUGAGGAGCAUAAUGGAUAAGCACAGUGACACAAUCACUAUAGGUUUACAGAUUGAGGACAUUGACUUUCAAGGUAAAUUUUCCGUAACUCUGAAUGACUCUGGAAUGGAAAGUCUCCUCAGGGAUCCUGACACUUCUCUUUGCGACUCCACUGAAGCGGAGGACAAAUAUGAAAAUAUCCAUUCGUCUCACAUAUUUGGCUCAUCCUCUUCUCUGGCUGAAGAGACUCAUUCCGCUAAUGACAAAUCACCUCUUAGACCCAAGAGUCCAGGGGGCAGCUUUGACUCUCCUGGCUUUUUAGAGAAAUAUGUUGGCAUUGUUACAUUGCCAAACCAAGUACAACAGAAAGCAGUGAAAAGGGGAUUUGUGUUCAAUCUGAUGGUUGUUGGUGAGUCUGGCUUAGGCAAAUCCACUCUUGUCAACAGCCUUUUCCACACAAACCUCUAUAUGGACAGAUGCAUGCCUGGUGUUUCAGAGAAGAUAGCUCGGACAGUAUCAGUAACGAAAAACACUUUAGACAUUGUUGAAGAGGGAGUAAAUCUAAGACUCACUGUUAUCGACACCCCUGGUUUUGGAGAUGCCAUUAAUAAUCAUGAAAGCUGGAAGGCUGCGGUUCAUUAUGUAGAUCAGGAGAUGGAGAAGUACCGCAAAAAUGAGAUUGGGUUGAACCGUAAAAACAUAACAGACAACAGAGUGCACUGCUGUCUGUACUUCAUUUCGCCUCAUGGCCAUGGUCUCAAACCAAUUGAUGUGAACUUUAUGAAAGCCCUGGAUCAGAAGGUCAACAUUGUGCCUGUGCUGGCUAAAGCAGACAGCCUCACUCCAAAAGAGACCCGCAAUAUGAAGGCAAAGAUUUUGAGUGAAAUUGAUAAAUUCAAAAUCAGGAUCUUCCAGGUCUCGGAGUGCGACACGUAUAAUGAAGAUCUGUUUAAGCAGCAGACUCUAGAGAUAAAGAGAAGUAUACCCUUUGCUGUUAUUGGGAGUAGUACAGUAGUAGAGAGAAAUGGCAGAAGAGUUCGAGCCCGUGUCUAUCCAUGGGGCACUGUAGAAGUUGAGAAUCCAUCUCACAGUGAUUUUGUGCAUCUGAGAAACAUGUUGAUCCGCACACACAUGCAGGACCUGAUACACACAACCCACUAUGUGUUGUAUGAGAACUAUCGUAUAAAUAGCCUGUGCAGGAACCCAUUCUUGGAGAAUGUCUAAGGAUUUUUCAGCAAGAUGACAGAUGAGGACAAUGUGUGUCUCACUGAAAUCUCAAAACGGAAGAGGCAAUGAAAGGGCCUACUGAAGAAUAUAUA